AGCUGCAGAGGGUUUGGGUAGUCCAACAUCUGGCGAGACAGGUCCCUACUGAGACUUGGCACCCAAAAGGGAAGGAGGCUAGAGUCUGUUGUCUGCUGAGGGACACACAGGCCAGGAAGACAUUGAAAGCCUGUGGCCUGGGUCUGUGGGUCAGUGGCAGAGCCCUUGUCUAGCAUCAAGACACCUGCAUUCCACUCCAGCAGCAGAAGACUCAAGCCAAGUCAGAGAUGGUGGCUGUUGACUAGAACCCCAGCGCCAGGCUGAGGCAGGAGGAGUGCUGUGAGUGUGAGGCCAGUGUGGGCCUCACAGUGCCAACAACAGACAAAUUCUCAGGAAGCUAAGCCACCAUUCCUGCUGGACUUGUCAGACGUGGGACGAUGCAAGCUGUGGAUCUCAGUGUAGUGUCCUGUCCAGAGUGCGACCAUCAUCAUGGGCCUCUCGUCGGCUCUGAUGUUCUCCCUUCUCCUGGCCUUCAGAGCAGGGCUCCUUGCCCUCCAGCCAGCUUCUCGUCCUGGGCGACCCUCUGCCUCCUCCUCAGACUCAGUGGGCUCUUCUCAGGGCUUUGUUUCAAAAGUCUCCAGCCAGCCCCCCAACAGCCACUUUCCAGAUCAGCCUCCAGGUUCAGAAGCCUCUGGUAGAAUCCCUGACUCCGACUGGUUUCCUCAAGGGCUGAAUUCAAGUCAUGCUCCCGGGUCACUCUGGACAACUGUGUCUGCUGGGGGACAAUAUCUGAACCCUGAUGUCACCUUCUCUAAAAUCCCUACUUCACAAGUGGGUUUUGAUGGUUUCCAUUCUCAUGAUUCUGCUAAAGACCCUGGGCCUUUCUUCUCUGUUCAAGUCCCAGACACCAAAGUACCCAGCAAGGCCCCGGGUUCAAAGCUACCCCUGGAUCAGCACAAUCUUGAACUUUCCAUCCAGAACCCUGAAUCCAAAAAUUCUUCGGAGAGUCACCAGGCUGCAAGCUUCCCCAAGCAGAUGGGGGAACCCCUGGCUGUGCUAGUGGGGACCACCAUCAAGCUCCCCCUGACUCCAGUCCCCAGCCCCAGGCCCCCUGCUCCCCUGGUGGUCUGGCGCCGGGGCUCCAAGGUAUUAGCAGCUGGGGGCCUGGGGUCACAGGCUCCACUGAUCAGUUUGGAUCCCAUGCAUCAAGCCCGCUUGAGAUUUGAUCAGAUUAGAGGGAGUCUGGAGCUCACCUCUGCACGACUGGAUGAUGCAGGGGUGUACACAGUUGAGGUCAUCAGGGGAGGCGUCUCCCAACAGAUUCGGGAGUUCACAGUGGGUGUGUAUGAGCCCUUACCCCAGUUGUCGGUACAGCCCAGGGCUCCAGAGACAGAGGAGGGCGCAGCCGAGCUGAGUCUGCGCUGCCUAGGGUGGACUCCAGCCAGUGGGGAGCUAAGCUGGAGCAGAGAUGGACGUGUCCUGGAGACCCCAGACCCUGAAGGCGCAGAGCCACCUCACAUCCGCACAGAAAGGGACCAGCUGCUCAUCUCACAUCCCCUACGCAGCGACCACGCCCAGUACACCUGUCGUGUUCGCAGCCCCUUUGGCCACACUGAGGCUGCAGCUGACGUCAGUGUCUUCUACGGCCCGGAUGCUCCGGUCAUCAGGGUCUCCUCGAACCGCGACGCCGUUCCUGAGCUCUACGUUACUGCGGGCAGCAAUGUCACCUUGCACUGCUCAGCCCCCUCGCGUCCGUCUGCGGACAUUGCAUGGAGUCUGGCGGACCCCACAGAAGCCGCAGUGCCUGCGGGUCCUCGCCUCCUGCUGCCGUCGGUGGGGCCAGGCCACGCCGGCGCUUACGCCUGCAUCGCUGCGAAUCCCCGCACUGGCCGCCGCAGGCGUUCGGUGCUCAACCUCACUGUGGCGGAUCUGCCCCCCGAGGCCCCACAAUGCUCAGUGGAAGGGGGUCCCGCGGACCGAAGCCUCCGCUUUCGCUGCUCCUGGCCGGGAGGGGUUCCUGCCGCCUCUUUGCAGUUCCAGGGUCUCCCCGAAGGCGUCCGCGCUGGGCCGGUGCCAUCUGAGCUCCUGGUAGCUGUACCCGCCCGCCCGGAACUCAGCGGCGUUGCAGUCACCUGUCUGGCCCGCCACCUGGUGGCGACCCGCACCUGCACAAUCAUCCCGGAAGCCCCCCAGGAAGUGCUGCUCCAGCCGGUAGUUGAGGAGACACAGCCAGGGGAUGUGCUGGUAGCACUGGAGGUCACUGGCUGUCCCCCACCCUCAAGAGCAUCCUGGGCCCGGGAAGGACGGCCCCUGGCUCCAGGAGGUGGGGGUCGAUUGCAGCUUAGCCAGGAUGGCCGAAAGCUCCUCAUCAGAAACUUCAGCCUGGAUUGGGACCUGGGGAACUACUCUGUGCUAUGCAGCGGUGCACUGGGCGCUGGAGGCAACCAGAUCACCCUUGCUGGGCCCUCCAUUUCCUCAUGGAGGCUGCAGAGAGCCCACGAAGCUGCAGUGCUCACCUGGGAUGUGGAGCGAGGCUCCCUCCUCACUGGCUUUCAUAUCC